AUGACUGGCUGGGGUCAGGGGUUAUGGGUCAGACAGGCUGCCUGUAUAUGGCUGCUCUCUCUGGUCAAGAAGCUGCACCAACACACAGAGAUCAGGGUACAGUAUGACUGGCUAGGGGUCAGGGCUGGGGGGGUCAAGAAGCUGCACCAACACACAGAGAUCAGGGUACAGUAUGACUGGCUGGGGUCAGGGGUCAGGGCUGGGGGGGUCAAGAAGCUGCACCAACACACAGAGAUCAGGGUACAGUAUGACUGGCUGGGGGUCAGGGGUCAGGGCUGGGGGGUCAAGAAGCUGUACCAACACAGAGAGAUCAGGGUACAGUAUGACUGGCUGGGGGUCAGGGGUCAGGGCUGGGGGGUCAAGAAGCUGCACCAACACAGAGAGAUCAGGGUACAGUAUGACUGGCUGGGGGUCAGGGGUCAGGGCUGGGGGGUCAAGAAGCUGCACCAACACACAGAGAUCAGGUCUCACCUGAAGGAGAUCCAGACGGCUUUCAUCUCCAUCCUGUCAGACCCUGACGAGUUGAGUCAGGACGUGGCGUCUAAAGGUCUUGGUCUAGUCUAUGAGAUGGGAGGAGAGGGAGACCAGCAGGAACUGGUGUCUACACUGGUCGAAACACUGAUGACUGGCAAGAGGGUGAAGCACGCCGUGUCGGAGGACACCGAGGUCUUCCAGGGAGAAGCUUUGGGGAAAGCGCCCGACGGACACGGACUCUCCACCUACAAGGAGCUGUGCUCAUUGGCCAGUGACCUCAACCAACCGGAUCUGGUCUACAAGUUCAUGAACCUAGCCAAUCACCACGCCAUGUGGAAUUCCCGCAAGGGAGCAGCAUUUGGGUUCAACAUCAUAGCAGCGAAGGCAGGAGAGCAGCUCGCCCCCUACCUGCCCCAGCUGGUACCACGUCUGUACCGAUACCAGUUUGACCCCAACCUGGGCAUCAGGACCGCCAUGACCUCCAUCUGGGAUGCUCUGGUCACUGACAAGAACAUGGUGGAUAAGUAUCUGAAGGAGAUCCUCCAGGAUGUGAUAUCUAACCUGACCAAUAACAUCUGGAGGGCCCGAGAGUCCGCCUGCCUGGCUCUCAACGACCUCAUCAGAGGACGCAACGCUGACGAUCUCAUCGACCACCUGGAGGAGAUCUGGGAGACCCUGUUCAGGGUGCUGGACGACAUCAAGGAGUCUGUCAGGAAGGCAGCUGAUAUAACACUCAAAACACUGAGUAAGGUGUGUACUAGGAUGUGUGAGUCGUCAGGUUUAGCAGCCCAGAGGACUGUAGCUGUUCUGUUACCAACCCUUCUGGAUAAAGGCAUCGUCAGCAACGUGCCUGAGGUCCGCUCUCUCAGUAUCCAGACCCUGGUGAAGGUGUCGAAGACAGCUGGUAACAGGUUGAAGCCUCACGCCCCUCGUCUGAUCCCAGCCCUCCUAGAGGCCCUCAGUGUCCUGGAGCCACAGGUCCUCAACUACCUCAGCCUCCGAGCCACGGAGCAGGAGAAGAGUGCCAUGGAUGCAGCCAGACUCAGUGCUGCCAAGUCCUCCCCCAUGAUGGAGACCAUCAACAUGUGUCUGCAGCACCUGGACGUGUCUGUCCUGGGGGAGCUGGUCCCCAGACUCUGUGAUCUGCUGAAGAGUGGAGUGGGUCUGGGCACCAAGGGCGGUUGUGCCAGUGUGAUCGUGUCCCUCACCGUCCAGUGUCCCCAGGACCUCACCCCCUACUCAGGUAAACUGAUGAGUGCCCUACUGAAUGGAAUCCAUGACCGUAGCAGUGUUAUCCAGAAAGCAUUCUCCUUCGCUCUGGGACAUCUAGUCAGGACAGCGAAGGACAGCAGUGUAGAGAAACUCUUACUGAAACUCACCACCUGGUACAUGGAGAAAGAAGAGCCGGUGUACAGGUCGUCGUGUGCCCUGACGGUCCACGCUAUCAGCCACUACAGCCCUGAUGUCUUAAAGGGACACGCAGUGGUAGCUCUACCUCUAGCCUUCCUGGGUAUGCACCAGGCGCCGGGACCGGACGAAGAGAAGGGAGAGAGCCAUGACGCCACGCUGUGGAACGAAGUCUGGCUGGAACACGUACCAGGAAGCUUCGGGGGCAUCCGUCUCUACAUGACGGAGCUGAUCGACAUUACCCAGAAGGCCUUGCAGUCCCAGUCGUGGAAGAUGAAGGCUCAGGGCGCGGCUGCCAUGGCGUCCAUCGCUAAGCAACAGACGGGUUCUCUGGUCGCCCCUCACCUGGGUAUGGUGCUGUCCGCUCUACUGCAGGGACUGGUUGGACGCACCUGGACUGGAAAGGAGGAGCUGUUGAACGCCAUCGGCUCUGUGGUGUCAAAGUGCAGUGGUGAGCUCCAGAAGUCAUCCCCGGGCCAGCCCAGUGUACCAGAGGUGAUAGAGCUGGUGUUGAAGGAGUGUCGUAAAGACAACCUGGUCUACAAGAUGGCUGCCCUGGGCUGUGCUGCCGACGUCCUGCAGGCCACACAGGAAGACCGCUUCAGUGAUAUGGCAGACA